AUGACCAUGGAUGAGAAAUAUGUAAACAGCAUUUGGGAUCUCCUGAAAAAUGCGAUCCAAGAGAUCCAGCGUAAGAACAACAGUGGUCUCAGCUUUGAGGAACUGUAUAGGAAUGCAUAUACUAUGGUGUUACAUAAACAUGGAGAAAAAUUAUACACUGGACUACGAGAAGUCGUCACUGAGCAUCUCAUAAACAAGGUGCGAGAAGAUGUGUUAAAUUCAUUGAAUAACAACUUUCUUCAAACACUAAACCAAGCGUGGAAUGAUCAUCAGACAGCAAUGGUGAUGAUUAGAGACAUUCUCAUGUACAUGGACCGUGUAUAUGUACAACAAAAUAAUGUGGAGAAUGUCUACAACUUGGGGUUAAUAAUUUUUCGAGAUCAAGUUGUACGUUAUGGCUGUAUAAGAGAUCACCUACGACAGACUCUGUUGGAUAUGAUCGCAAGAGAGCGGAAAGGAGAAGUUGUAGAUAGAGGCGCAAUAAGAAAUGCUUGCCAGAUGUUAAUGAUCCUAGGUCUUGAAGGAAGAUCAGUCUAUGAAGAAGACUUUGAGGCUCCAUUUUUGGAGAUGUCUGCAGAAUUCUUUCAGAUGGAAAGUCAGAAAUUUUUAGCUGAAAAUAGUGCUUCAGUAUAUAUAAAGAAAGUAGAAGCUAGAAUUAAUGAAGAAAUAGAACGGGUGAUGCACUGCCUUGAUAAAUCAACAGAAGAGCCAAUUGUGAAAGUUGUUGAAAGGGAGCUUAUAUCCAAACACAUGAAGACUAUAGUGGAAAUGGAGAACUCUGGGCUUGUUCAUAUGCUGAAAAAUGGAAAGACAGAAGACCUUGCUUGCAUGUACAAGUUAUUUAGCCGUGUGCCAAAUGGCCUGAAGACAAUGUGUGAGUGUAUGAGUUCGUACCUGAGGGAGCAAGGUAAAGCUCUAGUAUCUGAAGAGGGAGAAGGAAAGAACCCAGUUGACUAUAUUCAGGGUUUACUGGAUUUGAAGAGUAGGUUUGAUCGGUUUCUUCAAGAAUCUUUCAAUAAUGACCGGCUCUUCAAACAAACUAUUGCGGGUGACUUUGAGUAUUUCCUCAACCUCAACUCUAGGUCUCCAGAGUACCUCUCAUUAUUUAUUGAUGAUAAGCUGAAAAAAGGAGUCAAGGGACUAACAGAGCAAGAAGUAGAGACUAUAUUGGAUAAGGCAAUGGUUCUGUUUAGGUUUAUGCAAGAGAAAGAUGUUUUUGAACGUUACUAUAAACAGCACUUGGCAAGAAGACUUCUUACAAACAAGAGUGUUUCAGAUGACUCUGAGAAAAAUAUGAUAUCUAAAUUAAAGACUGAAUGUGGAUGUCAAUUCACAUCUAAACUGGAAGGAAUGUUCAGGGAUAUGAGCAUCUCAAACACAACAAUGGAUGAAUUCAGGCAACAUCUACAGGCUACAGGGGUCUCGUUAGGUGGUGUUGAUCUCACAGUGCGGGUUCUCACAACAGGCUACUGGCCUACUCAGUCAGCCACACCGAAGUGCAACAUCCCUCCAGCCCCCAGACAUGCUUUUGAAGUAUUUAGAAGAUUUUAUUUAGCCAAACACAGCGGUCGACAGCUGACACUCCAGCAUCACAUGGGUUCGGCAGAUCUCAAUGCCACCUUCUAUGGACCUGUUAAAAAGGAAGAUGGCUCAGAGGUUGGUGUAGGAGGUGCCCAAGUAACUGGCUCAAAUACAAGGAAGCACAUAUUGCAAGUUUCCACUUUCCAAAUGACGAUACUAAUGCUCUUUAACAACAGAGAAAAAUACACGUUUGAGGAAAUUCAACAAGAAACUGAUAUCCCUGAAAGAGAGCUUGUUAGAGCCCUACAGUCCCUUGCAUGUGGCAAACCAACACAACGAGUUCUCACAAAAGAGCCUAAAUCAAAAGAAAUAGAAAAUGGUCAUAUAUUUACAGUGAAUGAUCAGUUCACAUCCAAAUUGCACAGAGUCAAGAUUCAAACGGUUGCUGCCAAACAAGGGGAAUCGGACCCAGAAAGAAAAGAAACAAGGCAGAAAGUAGAUGAUGACAGAAAACAUGAGAUAGAAGCUGCUAUAGUGCGGAUAAUGAAAUCUAGAAAGAAGAUGCAGCACAAUGUGCUAGUAGCAGAGGUAACUCAGCAGCUGAAAGCCCGAUUCUUACCAAGUCCAGUUGUUAUUAAAAAACGUAUUGAAGGACUUAUUGAGAGAGAAUAUUUGGCACGAACACCUGAGGAUCGCAAAGUAUACACUUACGUAGCAUAAAAUGCGUUCAGCAAAUUUGAUUUAUUCUUGGACUAUACUCUCCGCAUGAACUGGGAAGUUCUUUUAAAUCAUUAAUAUUAAAGACGACCAUCUCUUCUAUUAAAUUACAAUACAUGUUCUAGACCAUGCAGAUCAAGCCUUUACUCCUUUUGAGAGUUUUCAACAUCAAUUGAUUGAGCUUCAGGCUUUUCAACGUUAUCCCUGUAGAGAUCAUUCUUAUAAUUCCUCGGGAAAAUGUGAACGUGCUGCGUUUGUUUUCAAAACUGUAUGAAAACACAAAAAAUAAAAACAAAUUUAGAAAAUACAGCUCAUUAAAAAAUAAAAUUGUUGGAAUUUCAUUUCCCCAAAUCUUCAGUGUUGAUGUAAAUGUGUUUCUGUAGUGUUGCUUAGCACUUUGCGCAUUGUAUAAGUUGGGUUUAAAAACAACACAACUGCUAAGACAGAAUUCCCGGUUAUAUUGCUCUGCUUCAGACAUUUCUUUAACUAGCCAUGUUUAAUUUAAAUAUUUGGUAAAUUUAUAAAGACCCAAGAAUACAAUU